AUACAUUGAAAAUUGCGUUGUUUUCGCAACAUGCAGCUGUGCUGUUGCCAAGCAUUCGAUCGUGCAUAGCACAGCGAGCUGGAUUUGAUCGGAGUCAUAUGAAUCUCUGAAACGAAUCAAACUACGCUUUUUAUUCAAAAAUUCACCACUGGUUAGGAUUAGAAGAAAGAUGAAUAUACUUCGAGUAUAAUGAUCGCCAUAGAAUCUUUGCCGAUAGAUACAUCUAUUACUCCAUUAAAACAACAUCAUCUAUUAAAUCGAAGAGGAAAGUUGACUCGAAGUAAACUUCGUCCAGUCGCCCGGCCCAAGAGCAUCCAGCGCAACCCCGAUGGAUUGUCGUGUUCGCAGUUGACGCCGGUGCAGCCAUCAAGUCCUCAGUCAGUCUUGUGUGUUGCUGACAAUAAAAGUGUUGCUUCUGUUUCUUCAACAAGAAAGUGCCCCCGCAGGAAAUUAAAGUCGGGUGAUACAGAUAAUAAAAAGGUGAAGCCUCCCGGCAUGCCCGGGAAGUUACCCCGAAUUAAAAAGAAAGAUGAGGGACUUGCAAGAAAAUCUGGAAGGCGUUCAAGCACAGCAGUCUCGGCAUCGGAACAUUCAGAUUCACAAUAUCAUCCAAAAAAUCAAACUCAAAGACAAAGCCUGAAAAAUGAAUCAAUUACAGAAGAUGGUGAUAAAGCCAAACCUCAGAAGAAAAAGACAAAAUCAGUGUACAUCUUAGAAGCAAUUAAACCAAAUAAUGUUCAAUCAGAAAAGGAGAAAUUCAUGCGAUUAAGGGGUCGUUACAACCCUGAAUUUGAAUAUGAUAAUCCAGCAUCCGAAAAGGUGAUGAAGAGCUAUAGUCAAGCUUCCAACAAACUUGUACCUCAGGCUUUGAGGAUCAUGGAGACUGCUCUAGAUAGAUAUGGAAGCUAUGAGGCUUUUGAGGAGGCUAUUGCUGGGGCCCGACUUACAGAAACAGAGUUCACUGGACUCUUCAAAGGAUUUGUUAAUGCAGAAGGACUGGAUAAUCAAGUUUACUUGAAUCUAACCCCCGAUCUUUUGUCUCGAGCAGUUAUGACCAGACUAAGAUCACGACCUACCAUGAAUGUGAACAGUAAAGUAUUGAGGAGAGGUUGGGCCAGAGGAUUACUUCAGCAUGAGAUUGGAACUCAUUAUAUGAGAAGUGCUAACAACCGCUACCAACCCUGGCACAACAACCGAGGUCGUAAACGACACAAGCUACUUCCAAUGAAUCCUACAGAGGAGGGUUUAGCCAGUCUUCACAGUGUCCUAGGGAGGGAUGAUCCUUGUUUAUGGAGGUCAGCAAUGCUCUAUUAUACUGUCUAUCAGGCAUCUCUACUGCCAUUCAGGGAAUUAUUUGAACACCUGUCGAGGUUUAUCCAAAGCCCUGAGGUUCGCUGGGACUAUUGUAUGCGGGCAAAGAGAGGGCAAGUGGACACUUCUAAACCAGGUUGUUUCAACAAGGAUCAAGUAUACCUCAAUGGUGCUCUUCAGGUUUUACGCUUCCGCUUUGAGAUCGACUUCCAUGCCCUGGUCAAGAUGGGACGUGUGGCUUAUCAGGACAUAGAGCGAUUGCGGAAUGAGGCAGUCUUUGCUGAAGGCGUCGUCAGCGUUCCAUCCUUCAUGGCAGAUAAAGAUAAAUACUUGCAGAAUCUGAAUGAGAUCAGACUCAAGAACAGGCUAACAGACAAAGAACUCUGUGAGGUAUUUCCUGUGAUGGAAAGCUGCACUUGAUGAUUACCUCAUGAUCUCGCUUGUUUGAAGUAGCCUUAUGAAAUUGUGUGUGUAGCUCCUACCAAUCUGUUUUACUUGAAUGAUAGAAUAUGCCGAAUAACACUGCAUCUAUGAAAGAGAUAGAAAGGUCUAUAACAUUCUCUAUCCACCAUUUAAAUGAUAGAUGAUUUUACGUGUUACUUUAUCAGAAGAGUGCAAAAUUCUGGAAGAAUAUUUCAACUGACAGAGAUUCCGACAUAACAGGGUACUAUGUAUUCUUCCAUUCCAUUUACCCACUGACUUUGUUCAUAUGCACACUCAUAUUCAAUGACAUUUGGUUACUGGUACUGGAGAAGGGAUUAGAUUUUUAUAACUGUAAGCUGUUUCCAAUUAUGUGAGAUUGCUAUUUGCUGUUUCAAUUCAUUACGACGGUGGAUAAAUGAAAGGUACUAGAACUACUUGAUUCAAGCACAUGAGCUAGAAUAAUUGAAGUAUUCUGUUACCAUCUGCUGGUGUUGUGAUUUGUGAAAGUCUUGGACGUUUGAAAGGUUGUCGAUAUCAUGUUGCAGAAAGAGUUAGAAUCAAAUACUUGCUUUUAUUAGGCCUACUUGAAUUGUGUUCUCGUGCAACUAAUUCUGCAACAGGUCCUGGGCCUGAUAUGAAGAUUGGUCAAAUCAAUCUUGCCUAGAUGGAAAGCCAGGAGCUCUCCAUAUAUUCAGAGCGUUGGUGCAUGUGCAGUUUAUUUACCAAUUUGCAAUUCUUGGAUGAAUGAUAAUAACAUUGAUGCCUGUACACAGUUUUGAUUUAUCAGAUAAACACAUAUCUGUGUACGUGAGGGCCCAUCUUCCAUUAUUCUGAUUUUUGAUAGUCUUGUUUGGUAAUCUUAUGGUUUCACAUCUUUGUUUCUUUGGGAUAUAAGCUUGUAACAUUGAAGAGGAAGAAGAAGAAUGACAAGGCUCAUUGAGAAGAUGUGUGAGACAAUAUUUGGCUGAUUAUGUAAAUUAUGAUAUGAAAGUGUGUCACCUUGCCAAUAUUAGUGACAAGAAUUAUGAGUAAGUACACAAGUAUUGUAAUGUUUUUAUAUACCAUUUAUAAUACAUAACAAAAAAAAUUGUUAUAGAAUGCUAACUUGCCAAUAUAUGAAUAUCGUGAAUCAAAGACAAUCAUAUUGAUUGCUUUGAAUCAAUUUAAUCAAUGUUAAACAAAUCAAUAUGAACAAGAAAUUGGUAAUUCAUGCAUGACGAGUUGAAUAAGAACUUUCUUUAUUGGUUGAACAAAUUACUGCUGUUUAUAAUUUGAUAUUUGAAGCAAUUAUUUGAUUGUUUGAUGUUAAUGGUGUGUUCUUGGAGAUGAGUUACCUGUUAUAUUAACAGAUGCAACCUAUGUUAUGAUUGAAUGCAACUCUAGUACGUGCUUUACGACAAACAUGUCUAUCAGAUUACAUGGAACAGUCAUGUAAUAUUUGUUGA